AUGAGUAAAUCAAAAGGAAAUAAUAAUAAUAAAAAAGUUGUUAAAGUUGAACAAGAAAAAACUGUUGAAAAUAAUAAUGCUUCCUCUACAACAACAACAACAGAUAUUCCACAAGAUAUUCAAGAUAAAUUAAAUGUAAUUAAUGAUAAAAUUAAAGUAAUUUUUGAAGAAAAUAAAAAGAAAAUGUUACAAGUUGAACAUAAAUUCAAUCAACAAUUAAAAUCUCAAUUUAAAAAGAGAUCAGAAUUAUUACAAAAGAGUAAAGAUUUUCAAGGAUUUUGGGGUACAAUUCUAUCAAAAGCAAUGAUUGAUAACUUUGCUGACAAUGAUCAAGCAGUAGUUGACUGUUUAACAAAUAUCGAAGUUGAAACUGACAUAAACCUUGAAAAAGAAGAAAUCAUCAAAAAAAUUGUAUUCUCUUUUAAAGAUAAUUCAAUCUUUAAGAAUAAACAAAUUACAAAAGAGAUUAUAACUGAUAAAGAUGGUAAUUCAACUUGUAAAAACACAAAAAUCGAUUACACAAAUUCAACUCCAAUCACUCUUAAAAAUAAUACCAACAAUAAAAAAAGAAAGCAAGUUGAUUUUGCUGAACAAAGUUUUAUUUUAACUUGGUUACAAUCUAAUGAUGCUGAUCUUGAUACUUUUGAAGAAUUUUCAAGAUUAUAUGAAGAUCCAUUUUCAAUCCUUUUAGAAGAAGAUCAUGAUGAUGAUGAUGAGGAUGACGAUGAAUUUGAUGGUGAAGAUGGUGAAGAAGAUGAAGAAGAUGAUGAAUAA